AUGGUUGCUGUUCCGUUAAAAUCAGAGGUUGAGAGCCUGGUGGAAGUGAUUAUCGAGCAGAUUCUUCGAGUUACAAACAGCUAUCGUCUUGAUGACACCCCUAGGGAUAUCCUUUUACAACUACUGACUUGGAUCAUCCCCUCUGAGACGGGCAUCGGAUGGUCUAAACGCAUUGUCAUUGGUGAAGGUAACUUGGAGCGUAUUCUAGAGGUGGCAGCGGCUACCUGCCCAAGAACUUCAAUGGUGCCAGCAGACCAGUCUGAGGUGGUGAGCGAGGUAAAGUCGCGUCACAAACACUUGCUGGAGGAGGCCUCACCGACAGAAGGGCUGCCAGAGAUCUCGAGAGGUGGAGUGCUCAAAACUUCCGCCAAUACUCGUAUGAUUGUCGCUUGCCUUCUUUCACGUCUUUUCAAUGACCUACGCUCCGAUCAGGACCGCCAACACUUCAGCGACGCUUGCUCCAAUUUUGUUAUGGAGCUGUUGACGGACAAGUUUAUCGAGAGCAAAGUGGAAGCUGCUGCUGUGAUUGGAACCCUGUUCAGCGGACCUUACGAAGUUGGCUCACGUGUCCUCGCCACCGAAGGCAUUCUGGAAGGCCUCCUCCUCCUCUGCCGGUCUGAGAACCUGACUUAUCAGACUGUCGCGUUGGACACCAUAAUUUUGGCAACAAACAAGAAGGACAAGUGUAUGGCUGUUAUCAAUCAAGCCGUCCCUAUCCUCCGUGCUCUCUAUAAGUCGCCCGAUGACGGUAUCAAAGUUCGCGCUCUUCUUGGUUUAUGCAAACUUGGCGUACUUGGUGGUGGGGACGCUAGCAUAAAAAGCAUGGCUGAUGGUUCAACAGUGAUACUUAUGAAGGCCUGCCGCCGGCUCCUUCUUGGAAAUCCUGCAGGCGAGAAGUCUGGGAAUGCGGUAUGUAGUGACGCGACUUCUACGCGUUGGGCUAUUGACGGGUUGGCGUACCUCAGCUUGAAUGGAGAUGUCAAAGAGGCCUUGACUAGGGAUGAGGAGCUGCUAAGCGCUGUUUAUAAAGUUGCUUCGCUGGGAUAUUACGACACUGCGUUCCCAUUGGUUAGCCUUCUCGCCAAUUUGACCAAUAGUUUUGUGGAAAAAGAGAUCACUCCAGAGAUGCUGGAGAUUGCCAAGUUCGCAAAACAGCACAUUCCGGAGAAGCACAAGGCGGAUGAACCGAAAGCUGUGACUCAGAGGCGUGAGAAAAUGAUUGAUGCUGGCUUACCCACUUGUUUGCACAACUUGACGACAAAGCUGGUGACCAAGACAUCCGCCGCUCAGCCACAAGUUCGUGAGGUGGUCUCAAGGAUCUACUUAGCGUGCUCUGAGUGUGUUGAUCGUCGUGGUUUGUUGGUGUCUGCGGGGGCUGGAAAAGCUCUGCUUAAUUUGUCGUUAGAAGACAAUACGGACGAAGGAAAGCACGUGGCCUCCCAAGCCCUGGCAAAGCUGACAAUUACUGCAGAUCCUCGACUUACGUUUCCUGGAGAGCGGACUGAAGUUGUGUGUGAUGGACUGAAUUUCACAUCUUUUUCCCGUUUGCCUAUAGCUGAAAUGCCUGUUAUGACGUGGGCUCAUGUAUUAGAAGUUUAG